AUGGCGUCGCCGGUGGACAUGCUUUUCAACCAGGAGCAGGCGGCGGCGGCCAUGAUGACUGAGGCGGAAGGGAGGGUUGAAGAGUACUUCCCGAGCUCCAGCCAUGGUUUUUUGCACUUCCAGCAAGUUGGCACAACUCCGAUCGGAGCUCCUGACAUGGGAUCGCCCAUUUCCGGCUUCGGUGUGUCUCCCUUCACCUUCGACAUGCCGCAGGGUCCCCUUCCGGUUGCCGGUUAUGGCACUGGUGUGGUCCCGAUGGAGAUCCCCGCGGUCGGGCAAAAGAAGCAUUCCACGAAGAACAGUAGAGCGGUGGCGCCUUCCAAAGGAGUGUGGACGCUAAAAGAGGACGAACUUCUCAAGAGAUUGGUGGCUCAUUAUGGGAAUGGGAGAUGGGAGGAGAUUUCAAAAGACCUCCCAGGACGGAUUGGGAAGCAAUGCCGUGAGCGCUGGAAAAAUCACCUGCAACCCGACCUCAAGAAUCAAGCCCCAUGGACCGAGGAGGAGGACAGGAAGCUGAUCGAGGAGCACAAGACCUUAGGGAACAGUUGGUCAAAGAUCGCAAAACGCCUCUUCGGUCGAUCGGAGAACUCCAUCAAGAAUCAUUGGUACGGGACAAAGCGGGGCCUAACAUCGAAGAGUCGGUUCAGGAAGCAUCGGUUCUCCCUCCUCGAGGAGUACAUCCGCAGCACAAUCACGGGUGACAAGAGCGCGGCAUCACCAUCGCAGUCGUCCGCUCCGCCGCCCGGCCUCGGGAGUGGCGGCCAGGUCGUUCCAAGUGCCUCUGCAAUGCUGGCCGUCUCCAGCCUACCCGGGAUGGGUACGUACCUCCACCCAAGCUAUGUGCCUGGAUCAUCGUCCCAGGGAGCGACCAUGAACUUGAGCUCGCUGCUGCCAGAACUCAAUACCUACAGCGGUGAGAUGCAGCAGCGAUACAACUCCUCCCCGUCCUUCCCGCCCAACAACCUGCUGCACUAUGGACCACCGCCGGCAUUUCAGCAAAUGUUUAGCCAGCGCCUACAGGGGCAGGAUGCAUGCGCGAACAUGAACCUGUCCCAAUUACUCAAGAGUCUCGGUCCUGGUGGCAGCUACUAUAGCAGCGAGACGGGCCGCACAAGCGUCGGUGGCAUCGAUGAUCCGGACGACAUCAACGUCGUCUAG